UGGUCAUAAUAUAAUAUGUCUUCUGGAUAAUGGAUAUAUUAUUUAUCACAGGCUUAAAGUGAAAUUGGAAUAUUGGUUAUAGAACAAGAACAAGGAAUUGUUUUCAAUCUGAAAAAGAUCUAUUAUUUGUGUCUAAAUACAUUUUACACAAUAAAACAUUAUAACAAGUAUAUAUCUUACUGAAUUAUCAGGAGACAUUCAUUACAAUGGCUGAAGCCGAGCCGACGGAUCUGGACUGGGUGCAACUACGCCGUGACAUAGGGGUAAUAGAUAGAGCCGAAACAACUCAACAAAAGUUUGCUAGGAAGUUUAAAGAAAACCCCUUUGUUCCCAUAGGUUGUGCAGCAACAGCUGGCGCUUUAUCAUAUGGUCUGUGGUGUUUUAGAACAGGUAGAACUAAAAUGUCCCAAACAAUGAUGCGUGCUAGAAUAGUUGCUCAAGGAUUUACUAUCACAGCAUUGGUUGUUGGAGUUGUAAUGACUGCUGGAAAAACAUUGAAAUAAUGAUGUACUAUGUGAUAAUAGAAAGUUUCUAUAAUUCUGUGAGAAAAAUAUUACUUUUUAGUGUAGAAUAGGAAAGUUAUUUUAUUUAUUAAAAACUCAAGACCAAAAUGUACUUAUUUAAUUGUUAGAUAUUGUUUGAAUCAGAAAUUUAUUGUUUGCACUGUAAUAAAACUUAUGCUAUUAUAAGGGCCAGCCACUUUUUAUAUUAAAGCACCUGCUUAGAAAAUUAAAGUAAUAUAUAUUA